CACCGAAGUUGUCUGUUCUCUUUUAAACUCGAAGUCAUUACACAACUUGCACCACGAUGGUGCGUGCAUUGAAGCCGGUACGAUCUGUGAAAGCAGCCAAGGAAGCCAGAGCUGCUCUUCGAGUUAUACGUCGUGUGGCUAUUCGUACACGGGCUACACAACCACACGAACCAACUCAACACUCGGAAACCCUCGACGGGUUAGAAGCUGAGCACAUAAAGACACGGUUAACACGUGGUGAAGAAACCAAGAGGAGGAACGAAGAGUCUCAGAAUCUCCCACAAAGCAAGCGUCGGAAGCGGAAAGACAGCCAUGCUGAUGCUAAUGAGGCUGCCAGCUUUGAAUUUGACAAGCAAGAUUUCUUCGAUGCCAUCGACGCGCCAUUGUUUCGGGUGUGCGGAAGCUGUGGUGAACUCGGCAAUGCAAACAACUCAAAGUUGAAACUAUACGAUCCGAAAUCUAUUUUUUUUUUCUCCUCUGUGUAAUGCCGAUGGAGAGUGCGAAAUCAUUCCUGAAGGCCUUGUAAGCGAUGACUGUAAUGAAAGUGUUCGUGAAGGGCUUGUAGCUAGUGAAGACAAGACAAUGAUAUGGCUAUGUGACAGAUGUAACAGAUCUCUGUUGGCACGGAAAACACCCAAAUUUUGCCGAAGUAGUGGCUUUAGAAUAAGAGCUGUUCCAACUGAACUGGCUGAAUUGAAUCGAAUGGAGUCAAGGCUAAUUGGCCUUGGCAUUUCUUUCA